AAUUUCUAUCCCUCUUUAAAAUCUAAUGAGGGACCAAAGGGAAACAAAAAGAAGAGUUGGUUCCAACUGGUGGUGAAGCCAUCCAUUUCAUCAGAAGCUGAAAUUAAAGCCUAAAACCCGAGGUUCAUCUCUCUUCUCCUUCCACUGUUUAGUUUGUUUCAAAUGAAAUGAGCAAAGGUUUAGAUAAAAUUGAAUUGAAUUCAAAAGUUCUUGUCUUCUUUGUCAUUUACACCAAUUUGUAUCAUUCAAAGGUUUAGUUUACUGGGGUUUCCUUGAUGUUCAGUAAUCAUAUUAGUUUGGCAAAUUCCAGUUUCUUUGUUGUGGGUUUGUCCUGUAUUAAUAGAUAUAUGCACACAAAACACCAAAUGGCAUUGUUCACAGUGCACUACUUUAGAAACCCAAGACUUGUUGCCCGGAACUUUUCGCUGUGGUCAAUGAAGAAGGACCCAUCUCUUGAAUCGGCAUUGUCUAGGAAUCGCCGGUGGGUGGUGAACAAUCAACUUAAGAACAUCAUCCUUAGGUGCCCUGAUCAGGUAGCAAAAGUGAGCUUCAUUCAGACCAAGUUCAAGACUCUUGAUCUCCAAGGAAAGGCUCUCAAUUGGCUCAAUAAAUAUCCCUGUUGCUUUCAAGUCUAUCUGCAGGGUGAUGAGUACUACUGCCACCUCACGAAACCGAUGAUGGCUUUGGUCGAAGAGGAAGAAUGUGUCAAAGAUAUGCAGGAACCUGUGUUUGUGGAGAGGUUGGCAAAGUUACUGAUGAUGAGCCGCAACCAAAGACUGAAUGUUGUCAAGCUUAAUGAACUCAAGCGGAAUUUUGGUUUUCCGGAUGACUAUCUGCUUAGACUUAUGCCAAAGUAUCCUGACAUGUUUCGAAUUGUUAAUUAUAGCGGCCGAAGGAGUUCUAUGGAGAUUGAGCUGGUGGCUUGGAAUCCGGAUUUAGCAGUUUCUGCUAUUGAAGCUUCAGCUCAGAAGCAGGGAAGUGAGCCAUGUUUCAGUUGCUCUUUGCCUUCAACUUGGGUCAAGUCAUGGGAAAGAUUUCAUGAGUUUAAUGCAACUCCCUAUAUUUCUCCGUACUUGGACACCAAAGGUUUAGUGGAGGGAUCAAAGGAGAUGGAGAAGAGGACAGUCGGCUUGGUGCAUGAGUUGUUGUCAUUGACUCUAUGGAAGAAAGCAUCAAUUGUAAAGCUCGGACAUUUUAGGAGGGAGUUUGUUUUGCCAGAGAGAUUGAAUGCUUUGCUGCUGAAGCACCCUGGUAUAUUUUAUGUAUCAAAUAAGUAUCAGAUAUAUACUGUCCUUCUUAGAGAAGGCUAUAAUGGGCAAGAACUGGUUCAUAAGGAUCCACUUGUUGUCAUAAAGGAGAAGUUUGGAGAACUUAUGCAGGAUGGGCUUCAUGAAUAUAAUCGCAGGCGCCAUUUAGUAAAUCUAGAAAAAAGGAGAAACAAAGGCAUGGUUUUGGGUAGAUCAGAUGAAGGCAAGGAUUUGUCUGACCUUGAUGAGCAGGGAGACAGGGGAGGUUUGUUUGACCCAGAAGAAAGAAAAAGAUUUUAUAAAGUUCUCUUUGAUGAUGGUGCCCCAUGAGAAUUGAUUUCGAUUUUCUCCAAGGUCAGUAUGCAGAAUUCACCUAAGAAACCAAGAAUAGAAAGACCAGUGAUACCAUUGUCAGAUCUCAGACCGGGUAGUCGGAUGAGCAGUGGGAAGUCAAGACUCAGAACUUUAGCGAGACCUCAUGGCUACUGAAAAGAAUGCUAGACCCCACAAGGGCAAUUCACCUGACUUGGUCUUGGGGGAGCAGUCCCAUGUUCGAGUUUGGCAUCAAAGAAAGAUAAGGAAUUGAGCAUGAAGUGAAUUUGUGACCGUGUUUGAGCGAAGAGGAUGCAAAACAGUUCUUUUCUAUGGUGUUUGGGGCUCAGUUUCAAAGGGCAUUCUUGCACAGUGGAGGGGAUAAGGUGUAUAUGAUAGAUGUGGCCUGGUUCUUCUUUUAAUGUAACACUCAAUUUUUGACAAAGAUUUGAAGUGAAUUGACUUCAUAUACUAGUAAGUUCUGGAAUUUUCAUAUA